CAAGAUUUAAUUUGAACCCUGUUCAUUCUUUUCGCCCAAAUCAUAAAGAACCCUAGCCUCAAUCACAUACCGCUGCCGCUGUCACCACUUUGCCGCCGUCUCCGUCCAUCUCCUCUCUCACCUGCGCCUCCACAGGCAGCAGGGAAGUGCUGCGACGUUUUUGGAGAUCCGAAAUACUCGCACUGAGGCGAGGAAGCAUUGAAUAAAAAGGAAAAAGAAGAAAAGGAGAGGAUUUAAGCGAGGGUUUUGUGGCUGAAUUGAAAUUGGAAGGCUCUGCAAUGGCGUCUGCAUCAUCGUCGUCGGUGGGGCCAGAGAUCCCAUGGGUGGAGAAGUUUCGCCCCACUAAGGUGUCUGAUAUCGUCGGCAAUCAAGACGCCGUUGCCCGCCUCCAAGUCAUCGCCCGCGAUGGCAACAUGCCCAAUCUUAUUUUGGCUGGUCCUCCUGGAACUGGUAAGACUACUAGCAUAUUGGCUCUUGCUCAUGAGCUCCUUGGCCCAAAUUAUAGAGAGGCAGUCUUGGAGCUAAACGCAUCAGAUGAUAGAGGAAUUGAUGUUGUGAGAAACAAAAUAAAGAUGUUUGCCCAGAAGAAAGUUACAUUGCCCCCUGGAAGGCACAAGAUUAUAAUUUUGGACGAAGCUGACAGCAUGACUUCAGGAGCACAACAAGCUUUGAGAAGGACGAUGGAAAUAUAUUCUAACUCUACACGUUUUGGGCUAGCUUGCAACACUUCAUCAAAGAUUAUUGAGCCUAUUCAGAGUCGCUGUGCUCUUGUUCGAUUUUCUAGACUAUCCGAUCAAGAGAUCCUUGGACGUCUCAUGGUGGUGGUUGCAGCUGAAAAGGUACCUUAUGUUCCAGAAGGUCUUGAAGCAAUUAUUUUUACUGCUGACGGUGAUAUGAGGCAAGCAUUGAACAACUUGCAAGCCACAAAUAGUGGAUUUGGGUUUGUUAAUCAAGAAAAUGUUUUCAAGGUUUGUGAUCAGCCCCAUCCCUUGCAUGUCAAAAAUAUGGUACGCCAAGUUAUUGAUGGGAAAUUCGACGAUGCUUGUGCUGGAUUGAAGCAGCUCUAUGAUUUGGGCUAUUCACCAACUGAUAUCAUUACCACUCUAUUCCGAAUCAUAAAAAACUAUGAUAUGCCUGAGUAUCUGAAGUUGGAAUUUAUGAAGGAGACAGGAUUUGCUCAUAUGAGGAUCUGUGAUGGAGUUGGUUCAUAUCUUCAAAUGUCCGGUUUGCUCGCAAAGCUUGCAUUGGCCCGAGAAACAGCCAAAGCAGCUUAAUUAGUUGCUAGUUAGGUGCGUGUCAUUGUAGAUUCUGAGAUUGCCUGUUUAUCGAAACACUUGUGUAUUGUCUCCUUGUGCAAGUUCGUGCACAAUGCCAGUAACUUUUGCUGAAGUAAAAUGUUUACCUUGUACUCUUGUAGCGAUGGGGAGGAGAGUUGUAUGGUCGCUGGAAAUAUGUUUUGAGAUGAUUAGGAUAUUUCCCCAUAUUGGAGCUUUAAUGUGUGGUA